CCAGUUUUUGAACACCACACUGUUCUUACCUACUGGCCCUCCACCCCACACACACAAACAGAGAGAAGCGCAGGAGCCAUGUCUCCUCUUCGUUUACCCGUGUUGGCUGUACUGGUCAGUGUGGCCCUAUGCCAGUAUGAUGACUACAGCGACUACCAGCCUCGUUCCAUGCUGGGACCCUCAGGGCCCAACUGUCAUCAAGAAUGCGAGUGCCCCGUCCUCUUCCCCUCUGCCAUGUAUUGUGACAGCCGCAAGCUCAAAUCUGUUCCCGUAGUCCCAACAGGUAUCAAGUACCUGUACCUCCAGAACAACCAGAUUGAAGAGAUCAAGGCUGGAGUGUUUGAUAACGUUACUGCUACUCUUCGCUGGCUCAUACUUGACAACAACCAGAUCACCAAUGCUAAAGUAGAAAAGGGAACAAUCGACAAACUCACUGGCCUGGAGAAGCUAUAUUUCAGCUACAACAACCUCACAGAGCCAAUCAUCCCUCCCUCAAAGGCCCUCGAAGAGCUGAAGAUGACGCAUAACAAGUUCUCCAAGUUCCCCUCUGGACUUCUGUCCGACAAAGAGAAUUUGACUUCCAUCAACGUUCAGUUCAAUCAGCUAACCUCUGAUGCCAUCUCUGGGGCUUUCAAAGGGCUGAAGAAUCUGCUGUCCCUGGAUGUGAGCCACAACAAGCUGAAGAAGCUGCCAGCCGGUGUCCCCAGUUCACUGGAAAUCCUCUACGCUGACUACAACGACAUUGACAGUGUUGGAGCCGGAUACCUGAACAAGCUGCCGUCGCUGCUGUACCUAAGGAUCUCCCACAACAAGCUGGCAGACGCCGGGAUCCCUGCUGGAGUUUUCAAUGUGUCGUCACUGCGGGAGCUGGACCUGUCGUUCAACAGGCUGCAGUCAGUCCCUGAGAUCCACCGUCAGCUGGAGAACUACUACCUGCAGGCCAACGAGAUCAGCAAGAUCGACAUGUCAAGUUUCUGCAAGUUCGUUGAUUACCUCACGUUUUCCCAUCUGAUUCAUCUGCGUCUUGACGGCAACAACGUCACACACAGCGACAUGCCCUCUGACGCUGUCAACUGCCUGCGUAAAGCUUCAGAUAUCAUGUUUCAUUAA